AUGAUUAGAAAUCUCUAAUAGUUUGAUUUUUAUCUGAUCCGUUGUGAUGAACAUCCAGAUAAAAAAGCUCAUAUGUUCUGCAAAGAGUAAAAUAAAAUGGUUUGCAGUAGAUGUCUAUAGAGUAAUCCUCAUUUGCAUUUUAUUAAAGAUCACACGCAGCAUUUUUCCUUUGAAAGAAAAUAUUUGGACGAAUCAUUUUAGAAAAUGCUCCCAAUUUUGAAAGAAGAAAUGAACUAAAUCUAAAUCCUAAUGGAUAACAUUCAUCAAUUUAUAAACAAGGAAAGAAACUUUAGGGUCUUAGAACUAAAAAUGAUGAUUGAAAAGAAUUUCAAAAUUCUAAGUUAAAGCUAUAAAAAAAUUAUUUUAAAGAAAAAUGAAAUUGAAGAAGAAAAGUAGCAACCUGUAGUCUUUGAUUAAAUAAAACCUUCAUAAUCAUAGCCUUUAAUCAAUAAAACAUAGGAAUAAUAUACACCAGGAAUAAUGAUUUAAUCAAUAAUUAGUGCACCGAAAAUAAGUUAAGAACAAGAUAAUGCUAAAUAAAAUGAAUUCAGAAGAUUGGUUGACUAAUGUUUGGAAUUACAAAAAGUACAAAAAGGGCAAAGAUCACAACCAUAAAAAUUAUUUUAAAUAAAAGGAAAAAGUAAAUUGAUUUUCAGAGCUACAAGAGAUGGAUUUAAAGCUCUUAAUUUCCAUCAGAGUUGUGAUAAUAUGGGUCCAACAAUAUCUUUUAUUAUGAGUGAACAUGGGUAAGUAUUCGGUGGAUACACAUCUGUUUCUUGGACAAAUCCUGAUAAUAAGAAAGGUGUUUGGUUAAAAGACAGUGAAGCUUUUCUAUUUUCUUUAAGUAAAAAUACUAUUCAUCAAUAAUACAAAUUCCCUGAUUAAGCAUUAAGACAUCACAAAGACGUUUUAAUUGCUUUUGGUCGAGGAAACGAUAUACGAAUUAAUGAUGAUUGUAACAAUAAUAGAGACAGUCUUUGCAAUUUAGGGGGUACUUUUAAUCCUCAAUUAGAUUAUAAAUGGUAAGACUAAUAAGCAUAAGAACAUUUGGCCGGAAGUUAUUAAUUCAAAGUUAUUGAAAUAGAGGUUUACUCUAUCUAGCAGUGA